UUUGAUAGCAUUUGACUAGCCAGCAUUUUACAAGUACAACUCGGUCAUGAUGCUUAUGAUAUGGAGCAAAAGCAUUCCAGCAUCAUCAUCAGGAAUGGUUUCUAAAACGAAUAUGUAGUUGAGAAGUGGGGAUGUAGCGUCAAGCAAGACGUUGAGCUUUGCUGAUGUGGAAGUCGAUUAUGCAAAAAUCCAUGCUUCUCCAACUCGUGAUUGGUUUUUCUGUUUUGGCGAUAGCAAUUCCAAAACCGGAAAAUGAACAUAAGUCGCGUAUCAUCAAUAAGGAACCAAACAAUGAAGAACAUUAUGUUAAUUCACAACAUAAUCCUGCCUAUGAUCAUGAAGCUUUUCUAGGGGAAGAAGCAAAAACUUUUGAUCAACUCACCCCUGAAGAGAGUACAAGAAGAUUAGGAAUAAUAGUUGAUAAAAUAGAUAAAGAUAAAGAUGGUUAUGUUACUAAAGAAGAACUUAAAGAUUGGAUAUCAUAUACACAACGACGUUAUAUACGAAAUAACGUUGAACAUCAAUGGAAAUCUCAUAACCCCGAUGAAAAAGAAAAAAUUCCAUGGACAGCAUACUUAGCAAUGGUUUAUGGUGAUAUAGAUGAACAUGAAGCAGCAAGUAAUGAAAAAUCUAAAGAUAAUACUUUCUCAUAUGUUACUAUGCUUAAGAAAGAUCGUAGACGUUGGACAGCUGCAGAUUUAGAUGGUGAUGAUGCUCUUACAAGAGAAGAAUUUGCUGCUUUCCUCCAUGCAGAAGAAGCAAAUCAUAUGAAGGAUAUUGUAGUAUUAGAAACUAUAGAAGAUAUUGAUAAAGAUGGGGAUGGCAAAAUAUCUCUUUCAGAAUAUAUUGGUGAGUUGUAUGAUGGUGUAGAAGGUGAAGAAGAACCAGAGUGGGUGAAAAAUGAAAAAGAGCAAUUUUCUGCGUAUCGUGAUAAAGAUGGUGAUAGUUUCCUAAAUUUUGAAGAGGUCAAAACAUGGAUAAUUCCAGCUGAUUUUGAUCAAGCAGAAGUAGAAUCUCGACAUCUCAUAUUUGAAGCGGAUACAGAUGCGGAUCAAAAACUUACUAAAGAUGAAAUAUUGGAAAAAUACGAUGCUUUUGUUGGGUCUCAAGCAACUGAUUUUGGUGAAGCCUUAGGCAGACAUGAUGAAUUUUAAUAAAAUUCGUGUAUAAUUUUUAAAUAAUACUUUCAUAAAUGAACAAAAGGCAUGAUUGAUUCAUCAAGAACAAAAUUUAUAAAGCAUUUAGUAAACGAAAGAUACUUACCUUUACUAGUAGAUUAAGCAUUUCUUUUAUAAAAGCUGAUUUUCA